GUGGUGUUGGGUAUUGAGAGCAGCUGCGACGACACGGCGGCGGCUGUCGUACGGGGCGACGGGACCGUGCUUUCGCAUGAGAUCGCCUCGCAGACCGGGCUGCACGAGCAGUACGGCGGCGUGAAGCCGGACGUGGCUCGUCAGGCGCACGCGGCGGCAAUCGAAGCGACGGUGAACUCGGCGCUGCAGCGAGCGGGUGUGGAGGCGGGGUCUCUGACGGCGGUGGCGGUGACGGCGGGGCCGGGGCUGGCGCUCUGUCUGCAGGUUGGCGUGCAGUACGGCCUGACCUUGGCGGCGCGUCACGGGUUGCCGUACAUUCCCGUACAUCACAUGGAGGCGCACGCGAUGAUGACUCGGCUGCCUUCCUUCCCGUCCCUGCUGCUGCUGGUGUCCGGGGGGCACAACAUGCUGGUGCUGUGCGAGGGGGUGGGCCGACACCGAAUCAUCGGGACGACGCUAGACGACUCGGUAGGGGAGUGCUUUGAUAAGAUCGCACGGGUGGCAGGAAUCACUGCCGUACCAGUACGGAUAAUGCACUGUGAUGGCGACGCAGGUGGCCCCCACCUGGAGCGAAUGGCGGCCUCCGCCCGGCUGGAUGCGCACAUCCGCUACCCCCUGACCCUGCCACUCGCCAACGGGGCUCAAAAGGACAGCUGCAACUUCUCCUUCUCCGGACUGAAAACCCAGGUCAUGACGCUCAUUAUGCAAAAGAGGAAGGAGCUAGGGCUGCCGGAUCUACCGCCGCCGCCAGCGCUGGCAGCAGCGGCGGCGGCAGCCGCCGCCGCUGGAGGCGGCGUAACCACAGCCUGUCAAUUGCGGCGCGAGCGGCAGCAGCAGCAGCACCAACCUGGCUUUGUGCGUUCGCUGGUGGUGGCGGGCGGUGUGGCGGCCAACGCGGCUGUGCGGACAGGGCUGAGUGAGGUCGCGGCGGAGUUCGGGUUGCCGUGCGUGUACCCGCCCGUCAGGUACUGCACGGACAACGGGCUGAUGGUGGCGUGGACUGGGGUGGAGCGUCUCAAGCUGGGGCUG